UCUAUUCUACUGUCAAACAGACACAUUUAAAAUCUAGACUUUAACACACUAUACUGUUUUUUAUAAAGAACAUUCUAGCGAAAUUUCCGUAGCAAUAAAUAUAGAAAGGUAACCAUGCAUCGCUGGUUCUUCGCCAACGAACGGGAGGAGUGCGAUCCCAAUUUGAAGGAAGAUGGUCUCGGUUCGGAGAGAGAGUCUUCUGUGGUGUCAGAGACACCGCCACCGGUGCCCACCACCGAGUGGCCCUUCACUGUGAUCUACCACCGCAAGCUCAGUGGCAACGAGUAUAUUGCCAUAUCCGGUAACUGCGAAUCGCUGGGCUCCUGGGACCCAAAGCGCGUGGUUAUAAUGCAAAAGCAGCAUUGCACCAAAAACAUUUGCAGCUGCAUCAAUUACGAGGCUGUAUUGACCAUACCGCGAAACAUUGACAUCCAUUACCGAUACUGCGUGGUGGUCUACGACCCGGUAGCAAAGGAAUCCUACAUACGCUCCUGGGAAGCACAGCUCCAGCCGCGGGUCAUACGCACCUGCCAGAACCUGCUCAAGGACAUCGACUGCUUUGGCCAUCCACACAUUGAGGAGGACGAUAAUAUUGUGGACCGCGGGUGGAUCACCACAGAGUCCAUAGUCCACUUAAAGUUCUUUAACGCUCCCUUCCACUGGCAGUGCCAGCAGCCGCGUCUGCUCAAUGUCCUCGUAACGCCGAUGCAUGAGGCUGACAACGGUUGCAAAGGGGCCGCAUUUAAGGAACCCAUAGAGAAAUCAUCAUUGACUCGUCUCUCCAACUACCUGGUCGGUCAUUCUUUAGGGGACUCGAACUUGGAACUUCGAAUGGCCUACAUUGAGGUGACCAAUCUGCGUAGCACCAGAAUCUUGGAGUUCCAGCCCCCUUAUGGGGUGCCCUGCGGACCGAAUGACAUGCAGUUGUUUCACUGCACAAUAGCCUAUCCAGAGGAGACGCUCUACCGGAUAGAUCUCUACACCUACGCGUAUAAGGCGGCUUCAGACGAGCCGCCGUAUCAUUAUGGCUACGGGUUCCUCCAGCCGGAACAGUUGCAGGGCAGCGAAGGCUCAGCCCAGGUGAAGAUAACCUGCGCCUCCACGCAUAGGCCACUGAUGGAGUUGACCGUACAGUACCUACUCAUCCGUCCACUGGAGGGCUUCAUGUGCAACAUGAGCCAGAGCUUCGAACGCUAUUGGCGCAAGAGUCGCAUGUGCAUGGACAUCGGACACCGGGGAUCAGGCAAGACCUACCGGCUCGGAGCUGACCUGUUCCGCGAGAAUACGAUUCACGGCUUUAAGGAAGCGGCCUCAAACAAUGCUGACAUGGUGGAGCUGGACGUUCAACUCACCCAGGAUGCACAGGUGGUGGUGUAUCACGACUAUGUGCUGCGCUUCCUGCAGCAGCGCAUGCCCAACUACGAUGAGCUGCUGGAGAACCAGGACCUGCUGGUCUUUCCCUACGAGAAGCUCAACAAGAUGAUGCUGCUCUGCAUGGGCGGCUCGAAGCUCAAGGAUCAUGUCGCUGUGCCUCUGGAAGCCUUCACCUAUGAUCAGCUGAAGGAUGUGCGUGUCCUGCGCUUUGCCGGAAGCAAAAGUUGCGAAUUAUCCUGCGACGAGAUGCGCAACGACCAGCGGCCUUUCCCACUGCUCCUGGAUCUCUUCCAGCUCGGGGAUGAGGAUUUGCCCAUGUCCGUGGGCUUCAACAUCGAAAUCAAAUGGCCACAGCUGGACAAUUCGAGGCGCUGGGAGUCGGGCAGCUUCAAGCCCACCUUCGAUCGCAACUUUUAUGUGGACACAAUCCUCAGAACUAUACUGGAAAACGCCGGUCGUAGGCGCAUCAUGAUCUCCAGCUCUGAUGCGGACAUCUGUGCAAUGGUGCGCUACAAGCAGAAUCUCUAUCCGGUGGUCCUGCUCUCCGCGGACCCGGAUUCACCGGUCCAGUAUGCCGACGAGCGGGUCAGUCGGGUGAGGACUGCCGUGCAGGUGUGCAACUCCCUGGAGUUCUUCGGCCUGAGUCUGCACACCAACACGUUGCUCGAGGAUAUCGCUUUGAUGUCCUUGCUGCGCCAGUUCGAUCUGCAGACGCUGGCCUGGGGCGGAACCGCCACCAGUGCGGAGGUGCGCAAUCGUCUGAGGCGGUUCGGCGUAGUGGGCAUCAUCUAUGACCGCAUCAAUCAGUUGGAUCAAAUGGGUGAAGAAGUGCUGGGCGAAACAGUCUGCACUAUCGACUCGCUGACCACGCGGCCGAUUAUCGAUGAGGUGGAGCUGGAAGAAUGGCGCCAGAAGUGCGGCUACACCCUGCGGGAGAAAAUCGAUCCCGAAGAAUAAAGAUUCCGGAUUUAUGUCCUCUGAAAAUCCCA